GGUUAUUGAGACAUGUCAUUGUGGGCGGUGCCAAUGUUUCAUAACAAGUUCCGCAGUCACAGUGUACCGUGAACUUACUGUAGGUGUCAAAGGUAUAAACUGCAGUACUCUCUGGACUACAGCAAACGGAGGCUAAGAUGGCUUCAGCUCUGGCCAACAGGGCAGUAGGAGCCAUUGUGGGAUCAGCUGUUGCAGAUGCUGCAGCACAGCCCCUCCACUGGGUGUACGACCUCCAGAAAUUGAAGGGGAUCCUGGCUCAGAAUCCAAACCCGGAAUUCCACCCUGAGUCCGCUAAUCCUUUUUACAGGCGGGAGACCGGCAAGCAGAGUUGCUAUGGAGACCAGGCGUAUGUCCUGCUGGAGUCCCUGUCAGAUUGUGGAGGUCUAAACAUUGAUGAUCUGAAGCAGCGCACACUGAAAUGUUUUGGGCCGGGAUCAGAGUAUGACACACCUGUCAAUGAUCCUUACAGAGAGAAAGGAGGGCCGAGACCUCAGCUGCCCAUCGAGGGGCCGUGGAGACAUGCAAGUUUGAAGGGCUUCCUGAAGAAUGUGGAUGCAGGCAAAGAGGAGACAGGCUGUGAGAACGACUGUCAGAUUGAUGGAAUAGCCAAACUGGCUCCUAUAGUGGCUUUUUAUGCAGGACAGCCGGACAUGCUGGAGAAGGUGGAACAGGCCAUCCGUGUCACCCAGAACAAUGAUGAAUGUGUGGCAGAGACUCUGGCAGCAGCGAGGUUUCUGGAACAUUUCAUCCUGAAUGGUCCAGAUCCAGCAGCCUUGGAUGUGGUACUCAAUCAGCUGAGUGACCCAAACAGAAAACAGCCUCAGGAUCUAGACAAAGCAGUGAUUGGCCACAUCCACCAGGUGAAGGAGAAUUUAGCCAAGACGCCACAGGAGCUGAUCCCCUCUGUCUUCACAAAUGCAUGAGGUUUGCCAGGUGCGUUCCAAGCUGCGCUGCAUGGAGUCCUGACAGGCAGUCAUUAUGAGACGGCUGUCAGAGACACCAUGAGCUGUGGGGGAUGCACCUGCAGCAGAGGAUCCUUCAUUGGAGCCUGUCUUGGGGCUCAGGUUGGGCUUGAGGGAAUCCCAGAGUCCUGGAAGACCAAAACCCUGCGAUACUACUCAGUGUUGGAGCAUGCACAGAAGAUAACCAAACAUCUGUCGGUGUAAUGCGCUUUAGAUUUUAAGAAGGCUGAGAACAUUGUGAUAAAACUGUUGAGCAUUGACGGAGCAGCGAAUGAUGGUUCCUGUUUAAACGUUUGGAUGGCAGGAGCCAGAUGUUUUUGUUUCUGUUAAGGUAAAACAUGUUGGUUCACAUGUUCUGUGAUAAGAUAUGAUGACGCUCAUAAUUAUUACAAUAAUGAAUUGCUAUUAAAACUACGAUUUCUGGAAUAUCCUUUUGUUAUUACAGCAUUACUCAUAUUCACAAUAUGCUUUAACAGAGCAGGUGACCUUUAUGAUUUGGGAACCAACACAAAAUAAAAAAAAUUAGAGAAAAAAAAAAAUCCAUGUAUCCCACUUACUGUAAAUGAUGUCUAUUUUUCUACAGUAGUAUAUACAAUACUGCAUUUAUGUAAAGCUACAAUUGUAUGAAGACUCCACGAACUGUAGGAAGCAGAUCAGAGAUAUAAAGGUCCACCAAUAAAAAAAGAAAAGUAAUAUUUGCCUUUAUUUUACUGUGUGCUCUUAUAACUCCCACAAAUCUGCCUUUCCAUUUAGAAUCAAAUGGAAAAAACAAAGCAAUUUUAAAUGAAGUUUUCCUUUGAAGCUGUACUUGUCAUUCCAAUGCCAGCAUUAUAAAAAUAAUAAAACCUCAA